AGCUGCUGCCGGGAGGAAGCACACCCAGUAGCAUUGACAGUACCUGGCUCAGGAUAAACUGAUAUCUUAUCAAGCUGGUAAGAUUCUACAAUGGAGGAAAACACGCCUCAUUCUUACGUCGAGGACCAACAACCUGAUGACAAAGCAAAAGAGAACAGCCCUAGAAUUACUAUAAAAAGUGAAUCUCUUUCACCUGAGCGGCAGUUUGUUAUAGAAACAUUUGUGAUUGGUUCAGAAAUACAUUCAGUUGCUCAGGAGAAUUCUUGGGAAAAUGUGCCGCAAAAGAGAAGGAGGAAGAAAGCGCAGAUAGAAAAACAAACUGAGAACAAACAACUACAUCAUGAACUAUCAGUAUACAGAACUAAAAACAAAACCUAUUCCGAGAGACAAUUUGCCUGCAGCGAUUGUGGAAAAAGCUUUACACGCCAAUCAUCUUUAAUUACUCACCUCCGUAUUCACACAGGAGAAAAGCCGUUUGUUUGCAUCGAAUGCGGAAAAGGCUUUACUGACAACUCAAAUCUUGUCAAACACCAGCGUAUACAUACAGGAGAGAGACCGUACGCGUGCUCCGAUUGUGGGAAAACCUUUACAGAUAGCUCCAAUCUCAUUGCGCAUAAGAGAGCCCAUACGGGUGAAAAACCAUAUGUUUGUAAUAAUUGUGAAAAGAGUUUUACUCUUAUUUCAAAUCUGGUAACUCACAAGAGAGCUCACACAGGAGAGAGACCCUAUGAGUGUACGGACUGUGGCAAAAAAUUCUCUCGGAGCUCUCACCUGGUCACUCACCAGCGAGCUCACCGCGGAGAGAGGCCGUACGCAUGUAAUGACUGUGGGCGACGCUUUACCCAGAUCUCAAACCUUAUUGCUCAUCAGCGUGCGCACACAGGGCUAAGGCCAUUUUCUUGCAGUGACUGUGGGAAAAGUUACACACAGAAAUCUAAUCUGAUAGAGCAUCGUAGGACUCACACAGGAGAACGGCCAUACGUUUGUCCAGAAUGCGGGAAAGAUUUCAGUCAAAACUCAAGUCUUAUUAAACAUAAAAAAGUGCACUUAAAGCAAGCGCAGCACUUAGACGAAGCUAACGAAAAAAUAGACGAGGACUGAAAUCAGAAAACAAACCACAGAAAAAGUGAUUACGUUAAUAUCUCUUUUACAUUAAGGUAUAAACUUAGACAUCUUUAUCAAAAGAAAGCUUCUGGAACAGGGUUCUUCAAACUAAGGGUUGUGACCUGCCAUUGAGUAGCGGAAAGGUUGUUACUGGGUCAUACCCACACUUAAAGGGACAGUCUACUCCAAAAGUUUUAUUGGUAAAAAGAUAGAUAAUUCCUUUAUUACCCAUUCCCCAGUUUUGCAUAACCAACACAGUUAUAUUAUUUUACUUUUUACCUCUGUGAUUACCUUGUAUCUAACCCUCUGCAGAUAGCCCCUUAUCUCAGUUAUAUUAAUAUACUUUUUACCUCUGUGAUUACCUUGUAUCUAAGCCUCUGCAAACUGCUCCUUAUCACAGUUAUAUUAAUAUACUUUUUACCUCUGUGAUUACCUUGU